AUGUCUGGUAACAAGACUUUCAUCGUCGAGCAUCUCGAUCCUGAGCUCGAGCAAUGGUCGGCUCUCGAAUACAAGUGCAUCGCCAGAGAAACCGCAGCCUCAGGAUCCGCCUUCUACCUCACAUCUGUUCCUCACGAGCUCCAACUACCCGAAUCUCUCAAGAAUGUCUCUGAAUUGAAUGUCGAGCACCGUGGUAUUGAGGAGAUCUACGCGGACAAGAAGGACCGCGUCUGCUUGCUCGAUCCCGCCGCAACAAAGGAACUUAGUCCCGAGGAUGGCGACAACUUUGACAUCUUCCUCUUCGGUGGUAUCCUUGGAGACGACCCACCUAGAGCAGUGCGCACCACCAGAAUUGUGGUCCAAGAUCGCAUCGAGCUGGAGAAUAUCAAAUACGUUGAUCACCCGGAGAUCAAGGUCGACGAGCAUGAGAGCACUGAGAUGCCUUUCCGCUAUGUGCUUGACAAGGAUGGUAACCCCAUCUUCCCCGACAAGGACUCCGAGCGUGGUAUUGAUGACCUGCUGUAG